AUAAGAAAAAGAAACUUGAUUUUAUUAAAAAAUAUAAAAUCUAUAAUUAUUCUACUUUAUUAAUAUUCUAUAUAAUAAUAUACAAUAAUAUUUAUUAUAUAAUAUUUAAAGAAAAUAUUGAGGUAAAUGAUAUUAGAAGGUAUAUUAUAAAUAUAAAUUCUUUAUCCUUCAAUAAAAUAUAGAAAUAUAAUGAAUAUAAUCUGGAAAUUAAAAAUAUAUAGAAGAUUCUAUUAUAAAUCAAAAUUCAUUAUAUUUAAUAAAGAAUCGAUAAAAAUAACGAAAAAGUAUUAAAUUAAGAUUAUUAUCGAAACUUCCAAACAGGAUCAAUAAAAUUAUUAUUUAUUAUAUUCUAUCAAUUAUUGAAUAUAAAUGAAUAUCAAUAUGAAUAAUUGAAUCUCUUUACCAAAAAACAAAUCAUCGAAUUAUUAUUGUUAGAAUUAAAUAGUACUACAAGAAUUGAAUAACUAAUUGUAGAAAUCAAAUUAAAGAAUCAACAAAUCAAUAUUUUAAUUGAUUUUAGAGCUAUGAGUAUAUUCAUAAAUCCCAAUUUCAUAAAAGAAAAUAGAAUUCUUAUAGAAUUAAAACAGGAUCCUUAUCAAUUGAUAUUGUUAGAAGAAAAGAAAACUGGAAUUGAUGAUUGGGUAUAUAAAGAAACUAGUAUUAUCAAAAUAAUUAUAUCAAAUAGAUAUAUCGAACAAAUCAAGAUAGAUUUAAUACUAUUAGAUAGAUAUAUAAUUGUUCUUGAUAUUUUAUAAAUUAAGAAAUAUAAUCCAAAUAUCAAUUGAAUAAAAGAUACUUUAAUAUUCGAUUGUUACAAUUGCAAUAACAAAUAACUAUAUAAUUCAAAAGAAUAAAUUUCCCAAAAGAUUAGAUAUUAUAUUAUAACAAUAACAAAUCCUUUAUUAAUUGAUAAAAUCAAUAAAAAAGAAAUUCCAGUGUAAUAUAAAAGAUUUAUUAAGCUUUUUGAAGAUCCUUAAGAUUUAAAAGUUUUAUCAGAAUAUAAACAUUAGGAUUAUAAAAUCAACUUCAAAAAA